GCAUAUACUUGCUCAAAAGGUAUUCUUUAGGUGAUGCUAGAAGGCCUCUUCAUGAAACAGCAGUUUUGGUUGAAGAUGUGGUACACACUCAGUUAAUUAAUCUGUUACAGCAAGCUGCUGAAGUUUCUCAGCUGCGUGGAGCAAGAGUAAUCACUCCUGAAGAUCUUCUGUUUUUGAUGCGCAAAGAUAAGAAAAAACUUAGAAGAUUGCUAAAAUACAUGUUUAUCCGAGACUACAAAUCAAAGAUUGUCAAAGGCAUCGAUGAGGAUGAACUUCUUGAAGACAAAUUGAGUGGCAGCAAUAAUGCGAACAAAAGACAAAAAAUUGCUCAAGACUUCCUCAACUCUAUUGACCAGACAGGAGAACUUUUAGCAAUGUUUGAAGAUGACGAAAUUGAUGAAGUUAAACAAGAAAGAAUGGAGAGAGCAGAGAGACAAACUCGAAUUAUGGAUUCAGCUCAAUAUGCAGAAUUCUGUGAAAGUCGACAAUUAAGUUUCUCCAAAAAAGCUUCCAAAUUCCGAGACUGGUUGGACUGCAGCAGUAUGGAGAUAAAACCCAACGUUGUCGCUAUGGAAAUUUUAGCAUAUUUAGCGUAUGAAACUGUGGCACAGUUAGUGGAUCUGGCUCUUCUUGUGAGGCAAGACAUGGUAACUAAGGCAGGGGACCCCUUCAGCCAUGCCAUUUCUGCAACCUUCAUUCAGUAUCACAACUCUGCUGAGAGCACUGCAGCCUGUGGUGUUGAGGCUCACAGCAAUGCCAUCCAGCCCUGCCACAUCAGAGAGGCCAUUCGACGCUACAGCCACAAGAUUGGCCCACUUUCCCCAUUCACAAAUGCCUACCGCAGGAAUGGGAUGGCCUUUCUAGCCUGCUGAUGUGACAACUGUGAUGUGCCUGAAGCAACAGGAAAGGCGAUGUUAUAUUAAGGUGAUUUCUUGAAAACAAAAUAAAAUACAAAUUUACCUUUCUCCCAACCAAGGGAGUGGGCUGGUUUGUUGUGACUAUCAGCUUGCUGACUCCUGCUCUUUUCCAGCCCCCUCAACCAUCGGUCUUGUUUACUAGAUGUGCUGUUCAGCUAAUUAAUGGCAGGAUGUUUGGGAUAGGGCGUAGGUGGACAAGAAUGCAGAUCACACGAUUCUGAAAUUUUAAUUUCAGUGGAUUUACUGCCCACCGCUCACAUAUCUUAAAAGUAGUGGUUGUCCCCCCCCUCCAGUGUUUUGUCUGUGUUUUAUUUGCUACAUUUUAUGAUUUAAGUUUAGAACAAGGAAACAAAAGGACAGUGAGUUUUCACCUUCCCUUAUACCACCAACUUUACUUUCCAACAUUUGUUGACUACAUGUAUUUUAGUGACAGCUGUUUUUUAAACUCACAGUAAUCAAAUAUCUAACAGACCUGAUAAAUCACCUGUUCCUAUCCCCUCUCCCCUUCACUCCACUUACAGUAUGAGUCAUUUUGAAUGCCUUCUUCCCAACUUCCUGCCAUCUGCCUUUUAUUUGUGUUUUUCCUCACACAGAACGUCUUACUCCAUCUUUGUUUCCCUCCUUUUCCUGUUCCUCCAAUCCCCAGACCUACUACUCCUGCACAUUUCAUGCACAUUUCAAAGCUAAGUAUUCAGAAUUAGUAGAAGGGGAACAGAGUAAUUUCUUGCUUCCCCCUUCAAAGCACCACCACACCUAGACUGGAAAUGUGGGCUUGGUAAUUUCUUGCUGUUAGCAGCUGAGCUACUCUUCUGGCUUCUAUACUUUCUCCAGUAAAUGAGGAACCGUAAUUCUUUGGAACCAACCAAAAUAUAGCAGAUGUAAUCGUACAGUUCCUGAUUAAUUUUACUUUUAUCAUGGUUUUUACAUACUUGAAACAGUCUUUGUAAAGAAUUAAUAAAAACAAAAGAAAAAUGUGAAAGAUUAUGCCACAUUAUUUACAUUUGUUAAUUGUCAUUUACCUGUUCUGUGUUAAUCUUUUUAGAAAAUAUUUGCAUGUCAGAAACAAAAAGCACAAAUAAUAUCAAAACAUUUCCAAAGGGUUUUGAUGUUCCAUCUAUCCUUGUUAAAAUGUAUGAAUAAACUUUUCUUUUUAUCAUUCUUAUUUUCCUUGGCAGCCAUAAGCAUGGAAAAUUAUAAGCUUACAGUAAACAUCCUAACUUUAAAAUGAUAGCAUUUAUUGUAUUUGGUUUUGAUCUGCCAGACUUAUACAUGGUAUAAAAUUUUCAGGGGCUGAUUGUUCACAUCAAAAUUUCUUCUCUCCCACAUUAUACAUUUUAAAGUAUGCACGAGGCAGAAAAUAUAGGGUUUGGGUUUUUUCCUUCAUUUUAUUCUACCUGAUCUCCUUACAGUCCCAGAGAAGGAAGACUCAACGUACAUUUCUCUCAGAAAUAUGACAGGUCUGUGUUUUUGUUGGUCUGGCUUAUGUUUGUCUAUCUUGAACAGUCUGACAGGUAAUUAUUUAUAAAAUCUGGUUUUGUCCAGUAAGUUCAUAUAAUAACCUUUCAUUUUUCAUCAUAAGCCAGUAAGCUGAAUUUAGAAUAAAGCAAGGUUAUUUAUGUCUGUUCUGAACCAGCCUACAUGUCCCCAUAAUUGCUCAAUAUUUUUAAUUCUUUUUUCUAUUUUUUACAUUUAGGUUCUUUCUGUGACUCUUUGCACAGUCCUAAAUUUGAAGUGAAAUAAAAUUUCCUUCACCAGUGACUAUAGAAAUAAAAGAAAACUUACAGAAGGAACAUUUAGGAAAAUGUGCUUCAGUAAAUGGUUUUCUCAAUAAUCAUAGUGUUAAAGCAGAAGAUAGUCUUAGAGAUCAUAGAGAACAGCUGCUUAUCUUACAGAUGAAAAAACAUGGCCUAGACAGGGAAAGUGACUUUCCUAAGAUCGCUUAAUAAUGGCAGUGACAGACCAGAGAUGAGAGUCGAUGGUCCCUGACUUUGUCUGCUGUUAUACAGUAUUUUCUGCUAUGCUGGGUUAUCAUAAGACAACUACUAAGACAUGUUGGGGUUUGAUGGCAUAUUUAUCCUAGACAACAAAGUAAAUUUAUAGAAAACUGCACUAAUUAUGAAUACCUCCUAAAGCUUAAGUGUUGUAUAGUAAAAUCUCAAUGGGACUGUGGUAUUAAGUAAACAAUCUGUUAUCUUACACAUCAGGCUCUACUAUAAUUCAAAUGGGAAUAUACAAAGCUAGUUUCAUAUUUUUCUCCCUUGCAUUUUAGAGACUGAAUUUGAAAAUAAGUAAGCCAAUAAAUAGCCUCUCUUGAUACUGCUUCCUACAUUUAAGGAUAAGGAAAGUAGAAAUAUUUCUCCCUUCACCUAAAUUUGAUAGUGUGACUUUCUGAACAUGCCAUUUAGAGGUGAUGUCAUUAGCUUUCCUGCCUUCUUAUAUUGUAAUAGUUGUGAUUCAAAAAUGCUGUUUCAAUUUUAAAACCAAGACUUUUUAUCUGAAAACCACUGGAAGCACAAAUAUAUUUUAAAUAGUUAUAUAAUUCCUGUGUCUGAGGAGAAACCUUCAUUUAUUGCUGUUCUUUGUUUUUAUAAAAUAAUAAACAAACCAUGUCUAAUGCUUUUACCAUGUAGAAGACAAAUAAAAAAAACCGCGUUUACUUGUUUAGAAUUAUAAAGUUUAAUUUUAUGAAUUUUUUUACAUAGUUCUCAAAUCAAGCAUUGCUUUCCAGUUCAUAUAACCUCUUGUGUAAAACUGAAUCACUAAAGAGAACAUAUUCUCUCAUCUGCCCCCUGGAAUUUGGAUAGAACCUUCCCAAGCUACAUUUAAAAUUCUACCAUCAACCAUGUAUACAUCUCAUAAAAUACUUUACAGUUUCCUGUAUGCUCUGGCCGAACAUUUCAUAGUACAUAAACACUUCUGCAAAUAAUCUAAGGGCAUCAAGUUGAAUAUGUCAUAGCUACGGACACUACAUAAAGCUAAUUCACCAGCAGCAUAUUUUCUUAUUUUUAUCUUCUUAUUUGAAAUUCAAGCUGAAACUUUAUGUGCUAUUGUUGUGCAGUGGCAGGGGUGAGAAGAGAGCAGGGAACUCCAGCAGUUUUUGUGGAAUUGUGUUCAUUAAAGCAAAGGCUUUCUGCAGAGGGCAUCUAGCCAAGCUGAAACAACAAAACCAUGCCUGCAGGAAUUGGAUGUAAAUGUGAUGGUUAAAUAAGGGCCAGAUGUCAUUAAAAACUCUAAUAUUAGAAAUUCAUAUCUCUUAAAGUAAGUCUCAAGUGUUGGAAGUCAGAUACUGAUACCAUAGUACCUAAAGAAAGAGACUUGCAUUUGUUUUCCAAAGCAAAAUAUUAAGUAUUCGAGCUGUUAUUAAGUCAUGGAAGUUUUGGCAAUUGAAGCAUAUUUUAAAGCAAUCAGUUCCUACAAAGCCACAAGAACGCCGAAUACAUGUGUCCUUGUUGGGAGCCACUGUAAUUCACUACACAGCAUGGGGUCCAUGAUCUCUUUUCUGCUCAUCACCACCCAAUAUUCAUUAUUCUCAUUUUUUUUCAAAGGAGAGUAAAGAUA